AAUUGACCUUAAUAGUUUUCUACUAAUAAAUUGUUAUAAGCAUGGACUAGAAUUUGAGUUGUAAGAAGUAUGAAGUUCUUAGCUGAUUUUCUUUCUUGUUAUAGUGGCUGUGUUAGUGAUACAAAUAAUAAUAGUCCCAAAAUUGAGUCAUGUUCUCUUGUUCAAGUAACAUACCUAGAGGAAAAUACUGCUUGCAGGGCUCAAAAAUUGACUCGUAGAAAUUCAUCAUCAAAGGGAUUGUGGCAGCCAUCUCUAUACACCAUUUCUGAAAAUGAUACCAUCAAAGCACAAGAAGGGAUCAAAGCCAGCACCAAGAAGAUGAAAAGUUAUAGACCACCAAAAACAAAUUCUCAAGCUUGUUAUUACAAUGAUCUCAGGGUACAAGCUCAGUUUCAGACAAGUAUUAUGGCACUGUCGGCAGUAACCUUUGUGUUUUGAUCUCCUUUUCUAGUUACUCUUUUCAUCUGAGAUGUUCGUGUGGAACCACAUUAGUGUCAUGAUAAAUACAUCUAUGGAUGAAAUAUGUUUAAUUCUCCCUUCAGUUUAUAGUAGAAUCAAUCAGCAGAGAAAGUCCUUACUAGUGUACUGUAUUUACCUGGUUAAAACCAGAGAAGCUAUUACGUAAAUAAUGCAAGAUCAGCCACUAAUCGAAAACCAAAAAA